AGCACGAACUCGUUAUCCCAGAAUCCCCUAGUUGCUCUGUGUUGGUUGAGAGACUGAGGGAGGGAGUAUCAUCUCGGCGAUAAUGUGAAAUGCAUGAACUGGAUACGUGAGCGCAGCGGUAAGAACUUUUCAAGGGAAGGAGAAGUUGGAAAAUGCAGCCUAACCUUUCGCCGCAGGCUAUUGAAACGUUUAACAGAGGGUGAAGCUGCAGGAGGCACCGAAAAAGUCUGUCGAAACUGCAAAGGAUAGUUUAGUGUUCGAAAUAGUUCGCCCGAGUCGUAGUUUAGGCUACACUACAUUUCGACUGGAUUUAAAAAUAACGGUUGCUUUUUUUACAUCCUCCGCCAAGAACGCCCUUUGGAGAUAAUAGAUUUCCUGCGGACCUGAGGGCUGAUCACACUGAACAACAUUGGAAAACAUCUGACAUCGCUGGUUGUUGUGAUAAACCAGUGUUAGGUCAGUGAACAGACAACGGAAGAGUUUUGUUCAUACUACAAGAUUCCGAAACGUGGAGAAUUGUGAGCAUAAACGAUAAUGAGGGGGAAAACUACGGUUAUUCGAGGAGGAAAGGAAGAAAAGGAGUGAGAUCUUACAAACUACUUGAAAGUGUGAGGGUAUGCACGAGACAACAGGCGUUUGAAUAGUUAGAACACAAAAAUCCAAGCGUGUUUCCAGUAGGCUAUUGUGUAAAACUGGACCAAGCAGCGGUAGGCUACUUGCAACAUCGCCAAUAUAAUCCUAACACACGCUGGACCCCCCAUACUCACUGAACUUUUCGAACUUUUCAAAUCAAGUAAAGUUGGAACUACGGGGGUGCAUAUCAUAAUGAUACAUUUUAGCCUACGCUGUUGAAGUGAUCCCUGUGUAGAAAAGGGUAGUUUGAACAAAUGUCCGCCUGUAGUAGCUCCUCUCCUCAGCCUUUUCCAAGACUCUAUCCUGUGGCUCAACAUGUCGCUGCCCCACCGACUCCCUCACCAUCCCCGAGUCCACCGGCGACCCUCUACAACCGCCUGUCGAACGGGAGUGUCAGCGCCCCGAGCCCCACAAACUCCAGAGGCUCGUUUCAUGGAGUCUCUUUCCUGCUCCAGAUUGGACUCACCAGAGAAACUGUGAACCUGGAGGCUCAUGACAUGUCCCUCAACGCUGUGAAAGACCUGGUGUGCUCGAUAGUGGACCAGAAGUUUCCAGAAUGUGGGUUCUUCGGCAUGUAUGACAAGAUCCUGCUCUUCCGCCACGACCUCAACUCCGACAACAUCCUGCAGAGGUUGACGUCAGCUGAAGACAUCCACGAGGGGGACCUGAUUGAAGUUGUUCUGUCUGCGCUCGCCACUGUUGAGGACUUCCAGAUCCGGCCGCACACUCUCUACGUGCACUCCUACAAGGCGCCGGCCUUCUGCGACGACUGCGGGGAGAUGCUGUGGGGUCUAGUGCGCCAGGGACUCAAAUGCGAAGGGUGUGGACUUAACUACCACAAGCGCUGUGCCUUCAAGAUCCCCAACAACUGCAGCGGUGUGCGCAAGCGACGCCUGUCCAAUGUCUCUCUGCCCGGCUCCUCACUCUCCAUCCCGCGUCCCGCGCCCAUCGAGACUGUCGUCGCGUCCCCGGAAGAGGUGAGCAUGCAGCGCCCCCUGUUGGAGGCUGGGAAGCGCAUCCCGUCCUGGAGCGGCCGCCCUAUAUGGAUGGAUAAGUUGGUCCUGGGGCGGGUCAAGGUGCCGCACACCUUCAACGUGCACACCUACACGCGGCCCACCAUCUGCCAGUACUGCAAGCGCCUGCUCAAGGGCCUCUUCCGCCAGGGCAUGCAGUGCAAAGAUUGUAAGUUCAACUGCCACAAGCGAUGUGCGUCCAAAGUGCCAAGAGACUGUCUUGGAGAAGUAGUCUUCAAUGGGGAGCCUGCCAGCCCUGGGCCUGACUCUGAGGUCACUAUGGAGGUGGACAACAGUGACGUGAACAGCGAGGGCAGCCGAGGCAUGGACGACGCCGAAGAGGUGUCCACACCAGAGGACAAGAUCUUCUUCAUGGACUCUCCCUUCAUGGAUGCAGACAAGGACGAUGGGGAGACAAUCAAGACCAUAAGUCCAUCCACGAGCACCAAUAUCCCGCUCAUGCGCGUGGUCCAGUCCAUCAAGCACACCAAACGGCGUAGCUCCACUGUGGUGCGGGAGGGCUGGAUGGUGCACUACACCAGCAGAGACAACCUGAGGAAGAGACAUUACUGGAGACUGGACAGCAAGUGUCUCACCCUCUUCCAGAAUGACGGCGGAGCCAAGUAUUACAAGGAAAUCCCGCUGUCGGAGAUCCUACAGGUGGAAACGGCCCAUGACUUCCGGAACCUCGCGCAGGGAGGCAACUCGCACUGCUUCGAGAUCAUCACCGACACCAUGGUGUACUACGUGGGGGAGAACACGGGCGGACACUUCCACAACCCGGCGCUGGCGGCCUCGGGCGUGGGCCUGGAGGUGGCCCAGGGCUGGGAGAAGGCCAUCCGCCAGGCCCUGAUGCCCGUCACGCCCCAGCCCAGCGUCUGCACUGGCCCCGGCCAGGGCAAGGACCACAAUGAGCUCUGUGUCAGUAUAUCAGUGUCAAACUCCCAGAUCCAGGAGAAUGUGGAUAUCAGCUCCGUCUACCAGAUCUUUGCAGACGAGGUGCUGGGUUCGGGACAGUUUGGGAUUGUCUAUGGUGGCAAGCACAGGAAGACCGGAAAAGACGUUGCCAUUAAGAUUAUCGACAAGAUGAGAUUCCCCACCAAGCAGGAGAGCCAGCUGAGAAACGAGGUGGCCAUUCUGCAGAGCCUGCACCAUCCCGGCAUUGUCAACCUGGCGUGCAUGUUCGAGACUCCGGAGCGGGUCUUUGUGGUCAUGGAGAAGCUCCACGGCGACAUGCUUGAGAUGAUCUUAUCCAGCGAGAAGAGUCGCCUUCCCGAGCGCCUCACCAAGUUCCUCGUCACCCAGAUUCUGGUGGCUCUGAGACACCUCCAUUUCAAAAACAUUGUCCAUUGUGACCUGAAACCGGAGAACGUGCUGUUAGCAUCCGCAGAGCCCUUCCCACAGGUGAAGCUGUGUGACUUUGGCUUUGCCCGCAUCAUUGGGGAGAAGUCUUUCCGCCGCUCUGUGGUGGGCACCCCUGCCUACCUGGCCCCCGAGGUCCUCCGCAGCAAAGGCUACAACCGCUCCCUGGACAUGUGGUCGGUGGGGGUCAUCGUCUACGUCAGCCUGAGUGGAACGUUCCCCUUCAACGAGGACGAGGACAUCAACGACCAGAUCCAGAACGCUGCCUUCAUGUACCCGCCCAACCCCUGGAAGGAGAUCUCUGGGGAAGCAAUCGACUUGAUAAACAACCUACUUCAAGUGAAGAUGAGGAAGCGUUACAGUGUGGAUAAAUCUCUUAGCCACCCAUGGCUGCAGGAUUACCAGACCUGGUUGGACCUUCGGGAGUUUGAGACGCGCCGUGGAGAGCGAUACAUCACCCAUGAGAGCGACGACGCUCGCUGGGAAGAGUAUGCAGACGAGAGGAGCCUGCCGUACCCCAAGCACUUCAUCAUGGCUCCAAACCUGGACGACAUGGUGGAGGACCCCUAGCUGCUGGGAGGAUGAACUACAACUUCUCCAAAAGUGGUUGGAGGAGGAUAGUUGAUUUUCCUCAGACUCUAGGCAGCGCAGGCCCUGUGGUCAUAUGGAACCAUCUGCCUUUAGAAACGGUUUCGCAAGAAACUUCGGGGGAAAGAGACAUGGGGUCUUGUCCUGCACCCGUGUCCAUGCCCUGUCGCACGAAAAGUGAGUUCUGUGUAUGGCUUUGGUGCCUAUUGUGGUGCAUGCAACAGUGCCCUACCACUGUUGACACACACAAUCAGGGCAUGGUGGGAAUUUUUUCAGGUUUCUUUUUUUUUUCCUUAAAGAACAUUCCAGAGAUUGGAUGGGGCUCUCUCUCUCUCUCUUUCAGUCUCUAGUCUCUGCUGCCUUUUUCAGCUAGCCAUAACACGAGUCUCUUGAGCCUGAAAGAUAAACUUUGAGUGUUUGGGAACCCUUCUAUUAGAGUUAGUUAAUAAACAUUUGCACUGCCAUUCAAAACCAGCGAAGGGCUCAUGGUCUGGACCAAAUCCAAGAGAGAUGGAUGCUUGAGAUUUUUAGCUUCUACCCAGCGUAUUUUUCUAAACUCCUCGCCUUGUGUUUUUAAGAUGUUCCCCAAAACUACAAGUGAUUUGAGCUUGCUUGAGAGUAUUUUGGAAAGAAACAUGUAUAUGCAAUGGUUUUAUGUGAGGCUUUUAAACUGGAACACACAAGAAAUAUAUACUGUGCAAAGAUAUUUUACAUCCUUCUUCUUCGCUGAAGCAUAGUGGUCCUAAAAUCUUUGUGUUGUAAAUGAACAUGUUUGCCCCAGAUGCCUUUGAAAUGAAAUCUGUUUUUCAGAGUCUUCUGGGUAAAUUACUGUCACUGUCACUUGUGUUUUGCUUUCUGAAGUUGAGAGUGUUUAGCAUUUCAUAUUAAUGACCAUCUUUAACGUGUUCAUGCUGCUGGUAGCGCCUGUUGUAAGCAGCCCCUCAAGCCUUUGAUGGAUGAAGGAACGUGAAGGUAGCUGUUCAGCUCACCCAGGCAAACGUAGAUGAAGAAGUUGUUUGAAUAAUUAUAAACACACACACACACACAGGCACGUACACACACACACACACACACACACACACACACACACACACACACACACACACACACACACACACAGUAUGCUCUGUCCAAGUGUGUAACAUCAGCACAAGAGCUGUUUUUUGAGUCCCGUCUCUGUUUCGUUAUAUCUAUGACUACCAGCAAAAUCCUGAGAAAAGACACAGUUGGGAACAGUCGGCGCUGUAAAAUGGACAAUCAGCCAGCUUCCUCCCGCUGGGCCGCCAAAGUCAAAGCACACGAAACAGAGCUAGAACAGAGGAAUGCCUGUUCCCUAUAGUCCUGAGAAUUGAAGAUGAACUUAAGCAUUUCACAAUGUGUAUUGUGUAACACUGCUGAGGGGUUAAAAAGCACAUGAAGAUGGCUGAAGAGUUGUUGGUACAGGUCAAAUAUUUCAGGUCCAGAUGCCUUUAGUGCAUGUUAAUGGCUAUUCAUCAUGGCGUUGGAGGUUUAAAAUGUUUUUUUGUUUUGUUUUUUUCUUAACAUGCAGAAGGCUUAAGUCACUCAGUGGAAGUUUGAAUGAAUGCAUUCUCUCACUAUAGGUCUACAUCUACAAAAGGUUUUGAAUUCAAAUAUAUUUUUUCUACCAUUUAUGACCAAAUGUUGUGUUUUUAAUUCUUGGUGAUGUGACCAGUUGAAAUGUUUCUGUGGAUACGUUAUGAGUGUUGUCAUUGGUCUUAUGUAAUGUCCUGGUUACACACAUUGUGAGGUGACCAGGUCUGAUUUGAAGGACACAGUGCUUUUGUAUGAACCUACAAAGAGACUCCUAAGGCUUCAUAUUGCUGUGUGUUCACUAUAGGCUUUCACUCAGGCUUAGACAGUGGACAUGAAUGAACCAUUAAUGCCGAGAUGCUACCGCCAAUAUGUGUACUUUGCCUCGUUACUAUGCUGGUUGUGUUAUGAAGACCACAGUGCGUCUUCAUUAGUUCCGUACUCAAUAUGUAUGUUUUGUUUUAGUUUCCUGUAGUGGGCAAUCACUUCUAAGAAAAACUCACUCUGGCUUGUGUUGGUUGAUUGGCAAUACGCUGGUUGCAUGUGUGCAGGAACUCGGUAUGCCUUAAGUAGCGCGUUUGUGUUGGUGUGUAAAUGCACACAGAUUCAGGUCGAUUUUGAGUUGGUAUGAAGCAUUUUCUCCCCAAAGUGCUUGUGUUCACUAUUAUUUUUGUAGUAUUCUUUAAUCGUGUAGCAUCUAUGUGAAGAUCCUUUCGUAAGUCUAUUUCUGUAUUUUUCUGUAUUUUGUAUGUAUGUGUGUGUGUGUGUGUGUGUGUGUGUGUUUGGCCUACCUUCACUGAUGCAUUUGGAACAGAUCCAUCUGCUCUGGCUUGUCCAGAUUUGACAUUUGAUCCCUCAAUAAGCGGCCAAAUUGAACGGAAACAUUACAGUAAGGCUGUACAUCUGCUGAUAGGGAGGCUGUGGGCAUAAUACCGCUAGUGAUGUUAUGUCUUAACUUUUACAAGCCCCCACUCCAUUUAGUCACAGCAGAGCCACAAUUAAACAUCCUCUUUGUCAGGAGAGAUCAGCAAUAAAUGUGGUGGAAAUUUGAUUCUUUGACAAUUUUGAGACCGUGUUUACCAGUGAAAGACCCUAAAAAUGACUUUUUCCUGUGAAAUGCAGACAGUUUGAAUUUGGGAGCGGGGAGGUUUAUUGGAUUACUUUGGGAUUGUGAGGGCCGCCCGUCUGGAGUCAUUCCUUUUUAACUUGAACUGUGAUUAUAAUAAGUUGGGUGGAUUCUGUCAAUGCGACCAACCACCACUACCCUGUGAAGGAUGCCAUAUUUAUAUGUCUAAAGCACACAUCUAUGGGUGAUAAACUUUCUGAGAAUCAUAUGAAGCUCAUGCUGCCACUGGAUUGGCAGAUGUCAGUGUUUUGUAUGUUUUACUACUCACAUAUCUUAAUAAAAACAGCCUCUAACAUCUGA